GCACUUUAGAGACGCUCCCUUGCCCCUGCGCAGGUCGUUUCCGGGAUGUUUGGUGAUGUGGCUCUGCUCAGAAACACGACAUUAAUUAAACAGUCCAUUACGAGCAGCUCAGCAGUUUGAGGAGGUUCCACAGCAGCUCGGCCAUGUUUAGCCGACUGACACAAGGUGUGACCUCCGUCCUGCAGGAGUUAUCUGGUGAGGAGCAUCGUGAAGAUGAUGCUGAUCCUCAGGAUGGUUUGGUGCCGCGGUCGUUACCCAGUCAUGAUGUGUCCUCAGAUGUCUCGGGCACUUCAGAAGAGAUCCUGGAGCGACUGGCUCAGACAGAACAGCUGGUGGUUCAGCUUAAAGAGCUCAUCAGGGACAAGGACAGUCAGCUGGCCAGUGCUGAGAAACGGCACAAGGAGGAGAAGGAACAGGGUGAUGCAAAGUUCACCAAACUGAAGCUACAGGCAAAAGCUAAGAUGGCCGCCUUAAAUAAACAGAUCGCUGAGCUGAGAGGACAGGAGCAACUCAACACCAGUCAGAGUUCAGAGAGCUCCUUCACACUACCUUCUGGUCUGGAGGAGGAGCUCCACAAGUUAAAAGAGAAGUUAAAUCAGGAGGAAACAUCAAAUCAAAGCCUGCGAGAGCAGCUGAGUGUCUCAGAGCAGCAGAUUAAAGCGACCGAGGCGGCGCACGCAGAGCAGGUGCGAGUUCUGCAGGACGUAGUAAAGGACAAAGACCUGAGGUUUCAGGAGCAGAUCCAGAAGCAUGAGGACGAGCUGGUGCAGCUCAAAACGCAGGCCUCCGACAACACCGAGCUACAUCAGGCUCUGCAUGAUUCCCAGAGGAGGAUCGAGGAGCUGGAGGAGUCCUUGCGCUCUCGAUCAGAAGUCCUGGAGAUGUUACAGCAGGAGCUCAACAGUGCAGAUCAACAGAAACAGAUUCUUACUGCACAGUUCAGACAGAUGGAGCAAGAACUAGAGGAAUCCCACAAACUGAGAGAACAGGAGAAGCAGCAGGCUGAAGAGCAACUGCAAGCUUUAAGAAGCAACCUGGAGGCUUGCGUGAGGGAGAAAGAUCAGACCAUCACGGCUCUCGAAGCAGAAUUGUCCCAAAGUGCGUCCGAGCUGGAGCGAGCGAAAACGAGUCUGGAUGAAAGUGUUAGUAAAGGGAAGGAGGAGGAUGCAGAGCUAACCACGCUGCGAGCCAGUCUAGAAGCUUCCGAGAGGCAGAGAGAGGAAGUGACGAAGAAGCUGGAGGUUGAGGUCGAACGUCGAGUGGCCGAGCUGCACCAGCUACAAGAGAAGCUCGAGGCUGUGGAAAGAGAAAGAGAGGAAGCAUCACAGAGCGAAAGGCAAGAGUUGACGCGGGUGCUGACGGAGCUGGAAUCCCUCAGAGAAAGGCUGGAUGCUGGAAAAGAGGAACAAACCAAGCAAGUGUUGGAAAAGCUCUGGAAGGGACUUCACUCUUUAAGCAGCGAAGGAUCUGAGGUAGAGAUGGAAGUCCCAGAAGAUCCUGCACAGGUUCUGCCUGCUUUGGAAGCUAGAUUAGACAACCUGAGGGAAGAACAUCAGGAGAGAGAAGUGCGGAUGUCUCAAAUCAGCGUCACCAUAGAAACUCUGCAAGGACAGCUGGAUAGAAGCACUGCAGAGGCUGAAGAGGCCAUGGCCAGGAUUCAGCAGCUGGAACAGCAGCUUGCCAGGUGUCAGGUUACUGAUGAACCUCAGGGAGACCACGGGACUGACCUGUCUGUCAGGGAUUUGGAUAACGAGAAAGCUGAAGUUACAGAAGGAAACAGUUCUGAGACGGUCUCGGUGCUGUCACAACAGCUGGUGAAGCAAGAACAGGAACUUGCUGCUCUCAGGGAACAGCUGGCAUUCACAGAGAUGCAGAAGAUUUCACAGGAAGAAGAACAUUUUGAUUAUCAAAAUAUUGAAAGCAUUCCUAGUGUACCUGUCGGUUCUGAAGUGCUGCCUGGUCUUGAAGAUGUUUCAGAGGAAGAUACAACACUGAUCGCAGUAGAUACAGACAUGUCCGCUUCUGUCGUGUCAUCAUCUGCUGACAACGAGAGCGGUCCUGAGACGACCGGACCACAACUCGAGUCAUCUGUAGACUUAAAGGGAGCAUCUUCAGAUGAGAUGGUAACCAGCACAGACUCCGAAGUUGCUCAUAGCAGCUGGACACUUCUGGAAGCUAUUAAUCAAGACCCAUGUCAAGAGUGGACACAACCAAUUCAGGACUUAAAUGCUCUUCAACUUUCCACUCAGUCCUGGGAAGAAACCGGCGAAGAGCAGGUCAUGUCGACAUGCACAAUGUCGGAGGUAGAAUCAUCAUCUAUGGUGAUCCAGGAAACGGUAGAGAUUCAAACGAGUCAGCAGGAAGUGAACAUAUUGAAUGCCGAUUCCAGUCCUAGUCAGGCUUUUUCACAGAUCCUGGCUGACGAACUCCAGAAAAAAUACAACGAUCUACUGAAUGAACUUCAACAAACAAAAGAUUCAGCUGCUGAGUCCCAGGAGAAGGUAGACAUUCUGGAAGAGGAACUGAAGUCACUAAGAGUCAUUAAAGAUGAAGCGGAGGAAAAGGCAUUAAGAUGUGAAAGAGACUUGAUGGAAGCACAAGCUGAGAUUCAUAAAGGUGCAGAGAUGAAGACAUCAAAGAUAGAUCUACAAAAGGAAGACCUUGAGGAGCAAAUAGAGAGUUUGCAAAAGGACGUUUACUCCAAAGAUCAGAAGAUACAUUCACUGAAAGCAGAUCUGGAUGAGAUCCAGGAGAAACUCAUCGAGAAAGAAGGUCAAGUCCGGAUGUUGGGUGCACAGCUGGAGGACAAAGAACUUGUCUCUUCUGAGCUAGAGGAGAAAGUCAUCACCAUGGAGGCAAGGAUUCAGCAAAUUUCUGAAGAGGCUGAGAGAGCUAAAGCUGCCCUACUUGGCAGGUGCAGUGAGCUUGAUGAUUUGCAGCAGUGUCUUUCCCUGAAAGAACAGGAGAUGAUGGAACUCAGUAACAGCAUGACUGCCAAACUGCUUCAAGCAGGUGAGGAAAAGUUUGCAGUGUCCAGUGAAGUCAAAAUGCUAAAAGAGCAGAUGCUGGAACUUGAGAAAACCUGGGAUGACCAGCAGAAAGCAAAAGCAGAUAAAACGGCUGAUGCAACUGAGGACAUGUUAGCUUUGCAGAAGGAGAACGAGAACUUGCGUUCUCAAAUAGCUUCCAUGAAAACGGAUGGAGAACAGGUGAAGCGAAAGUUGCAGGCAGCUUUGGUACAGCGCAAAGAAUUGAUGAAAAAGUUAGCCGGGUUUGAGAAGGAAGCAGAAGGCUGGAAAGAAAAAGGAAAUCCAGACGGAGAUGUUACCUCGGAGGAAAGAGAACGAGAACAGGAACUACAGAGGCUUGAAUCACAAUUACGAGAAACCAGAGAAGCCUUGAUCUCCAAAGAAGAGGCUUUGAAUGUUUUGGAACAGAAAACAUUGCGUCAAGAUCAAGAUCUGUCUGAGGCACAUUUAGAAAUCCAACGCCUGAUUGAGGAGGCUGAAGCAUUACGUGGACAUGAACAAAUGAUAUGCCAAGUUCAAGAAGAUAACACUAGACUUCAGUCACAGGUCACAAACAUGGAAUCUGAUCUAGAUGCAUCGCAGAAAAAGCUCCAGGAGGCAUUGGAUUCUCGUAAAGACACCCUGCGCAAGGCAAAGGAAAAAGAUCGGCACCAUCGUGAACAGCUGAAACAGCUGAAAGAAGAGUACAGUGGGCUGCUUGAACGUUUCGAAGCUAAGGAUGAUGAGAGAGCUGAGCUAGUAAAACGUGUACAAGAGUUAGAAAGCCUUGUGGAGUCAAGAGAACCAGUAGGUGAAGAAAAGCUCGUGAACGUAGAGGAAGUGUCCGAGAAUGUGGUGAAACCAGGAUCAGGGGAUUGGGUGCAAGAGGAUUGGGUUGAUUUUGCCACAACUGAUACUGAAAUCAGUCAGCAAGGAUCAACCGCUGAGCCUCCACAGGCCACAGCAAUCACAGGAGAUGUCCAGAGAGCGAUCAUUUCCCUUCAAGAAAGCGUCAAAACCGAACAAGCCGCUCGUGUGGAAAUGGAAAUUCAGCUGCAAGAAAGCCAGGCGUCUCUGUCAGUCAAGGAAACCGAGUUGCUUGAACUCAACAAAGAGCUGGAGAUCUUGAGAGCAAAGGACAAACAGAUUGACGCUCUUUCAGAGGAACUGGAUGCUUUAAGACAAAAGUGUGAGCAAGCAGAAGCUCACGCAGAAACAUUGAAGGCGGAAUUGGAGGAGGCUGCCGUCGUGGUCAGGACAAGCAUAUCCGAUGCCGAAUCUCCUGUUGUAGCUCUUCAGGCAGAGGUGGAUGAGUUUAAGCAGUUCCUGAAAUGCAAAAAUGAUGAUAUUAUCGACCUGAGGCAGCAGCUCAGUGAACAGAGCUUCCUUCUACAGAAAAUGCAGGAGACCGUAUCGGAGAAAGAUCAGCUGAUCGCUUCUUUAAAAGACCGGUUGAAAGCCGAGCAAGAGAGGAGUCAAAAACUGGAAGCGGAAAUCCCUCAGAAGCAGGAGGAUGAGCGAGACAACAGUGCCAAGUUACAGCAGCUACAGCGCAAAUUUCAGGCUGCCCUGGUAUCGCGAAAGGAAGCUCUCAAAGAAAACCAUACUUUAAAGGAAGAGCUGACUAGUGCCGAGAAGUUGAGAUCUGAACUGCUAGCAAAGAUUGCGAACAUCGAGGCAAAUCUGAUUCUUCUAAGCACAGAAAAAGAGAAGCUCAUUGAAGAGGUGGAUAGGACCUUGCUGGAGAACCAGAGCCUUGGUGCCACCUGUGAAAGUCUGAAGCUAGCAAUGGAUGGACUGUUAAAUGAAAAAGAAACGUACAAACGCCAAGCAGAAGGCGCCAGAGAAGAAGCAGAACAAGCAUGUAGGCGGUGGGAAGAGAAGUUGCAAGGCAUGAAGGAGGAGUACGAGACCCUAUUGAAGUCCUACGAGAACGUGAGCGACGAAGCAGAACGAGUUAGAAGGGUGCUGGAGGCUGCGAGACAGGAGAGGCAAGAAUCCGCCGCCAAAGCACGGGCGCACGAGGCAGCCAAACAAGAGGCAGAAAAGGUAGCGGAUGAAGCUCAGAAGGAAAUAGCUACUCUGAAAGAGAAAAUGAGAAAGUUUACCAAAACAAAACAUACCAAAAUUAUGGAACUAGAAGAGGAGAACGAGAGGCUUAGAGAACAAGUAGAGAAGCAAGGAACUAAAGAGCAAGGAACCAGAUCGGAGCAAGAGCUCGAGAACGUUAAGAAUGAGUUUGAAGCUUUGAAAGAUAAUUUUGAUUCAUUAAAAGAAGAAAGGAAUUUGUUGAUACAGGAAACUGAAAAACUGAAACAACAGCUGACUCAAGAAAUGGACAGACAAAAGGACAGUCAAAUUUCGGUUGUCGGGUCCCCUGUAGAAGCUAAAGAACACAUCGUCGCUCAGCAUUCGAGUCCUCUUUUGAAUAAAAACCAAGAUGAUCGAGCUGAUGGAAGCUGUCCCACGGAGUCUAAGAUGUUUGAGCAAGAAGAGGAAACUACAACAGAAAGACAGAAUAGAGAAACGUAUAAGCAGCUAAAGGAAAAAGAGGCUGAUCUUGAGGUAGCAGAGGGCAGGAUAAAAGAACUCCAAGCAGCUCUUGGUGACGAAAAAAGAAUUCGAGUUGAACAAGAAUCAUUACUUAAUGCAGAGUUAACUUCUCUUAGGCAACACCUUCAGGAGUCUGUAGACCGAGAAGAGAAGCUGAAAGAGGAAUGCUCAGUAAGGGACACCCAGAUUCAGGUGACUCAGACAAGCCCUGAAGACCCGAUGGGAUCCAGAGAUGAUCAGGAAGCUUUGCUUAAUGCGGAGUUAUUCUCUCUUAAGCAACAUCUUAAGGAGUCUGCAGAAAGAGAGCAGAGGCUGAAGGAAGAAAGUUCAAAGAAAGACAAUCAGCUUCGGGAACUUCGCACAAGUCUGGAGGUUGAGAAAGAUGAUCUGGAAGAACGACUGAUGAACCAGUUAGCCCACGUCAACGGCAGUAUCGCAGGCUACCAACAGGAGGCAGCAGACUGCCGAGAUCGCCUUGCAGACCUGCAGAGGGAACUGGAGAAAGCGCAGAGGGAACGAGCCGAGUCGGAGGCCAUGUUGGAAGGGGAAAGAGAUCGUGCAGCCAGGCUCGAGGAAGAUAGAAGGCAGGCUCAGCGAGAAAGAGCCGAGGCAGAAGCAGAAGCAGGCAAACAGAGAGAACUUGAGCAGAAACUCAAAUCUGCACAAAGGGUGAGGGAAGGAAGCCAGAGCCGAGUACGUCAGCUCGAAGAGCUGCUGAGGGAGAAGCAGUUGGAGGUUCGACAGAUGCAGAAAGACUGCAUCCGGUACCAAGAAAGAAUCAGUGUACUAGACCGGGAAGCUAAGGCACUGCUAUUGGGUAGAGAUGAGGUGUCUAAUGAGCUUGAAGCAGCUUGUCAGGAGAUGACGAAGAUCAAAGAAGAAAGAAGCAAAUUAGAGUCCGAGCUGUCGACGUACAAAGAGAAACUGGACGUAGCUCAGGGUGAGUUGAGCCAGGCACGUGCUGAGAAAACGGCCACCGAACAGCUGCUAAGUCGGCGAGAGGCCGAGCUGAAGUCUGAAGCCGAGCAAACCCUCGACGAGGUGAGAUAUCGCUUGGGUGCAGAGCUUAAACAGAUGGAAUUAAGGUUGGAACAGGCCUACAGAGACCGAGAAAGAGAAGAAGAGGCAACUCUUGUGGCUAAGAAUAUCGCAGAUGCUGCAAAGAAAUAUGCCCAAGAAACGCAAGCACGUCUGGACGAAUCACUCGCGCGACUGGCUGCCUUCUCUCGCUCCAUGUCCUCGCUGCAGGACGACCGUGACCGUGUUCUGGAUGAAACUAAACAGUGGGAGAACCGUUUCCACAGCGCCCUCCAGGGAAAAGAAGCUGAAGUGAGGGAAGCUGAAAGCAGAGCUAAGGAGCUAACUGAGCAACUUCAGAAGGAGACAACACAAAAAGAACAACUGCAGAGUACGUUGGAGAGGUUGCAGAAAGCAGAGGAGCAGUGGCAGCUGGACGCGUCCGAAGCAGAAAGAAAGCACAACAAAUCUCUGACUGUUGUAGAAAAAGAAAGAGAUGAGAUGAAGCAGAAAUUCAGCCAGACAGAAAGCUCUCUGGUCCAGACACGGUCUCAACUGACCUCGCUUGAAGUGGAAGCAGAAGGUUUGCGUAAUCGAGCCAAGGCCCUAGAAGAUGCAGCUGAGAAGCUUCAGAGUGACGCCAAUCGAGCCAGAGCUGAGCUGAAGGAGCGAGAAGCGGAAGAAAGACGGUUGUGCUUAAUUCUGGAGCAACUAGAGACAGACCUACGUUCCUCUAAAACUCUUACGGACGCACUUCAAGCUCAACUGGCUGAGAAGCAAAAGAGGGAAGUGGAGCUCCUUGGAGAGAAAGAACAUGCUGUCACUCAGGCUGUCGAGGAGGCCAGGAAGGAUGCAGACAGCAGGGCAGAAAACGCAGAGAGACAGCUCGAGGAGAGAAGAACGGUCAUGCGAGAUCUUGAGGAGAAGCUUCAUAAAACCGAGGACGAUGCCAGACAAAGCAAAGCUCGACUGGACUCCAUCACAAAGGCUAUGGGUUCCCUGCAGGACGAUCGGGACAGGGUACUAAGCCAAUACAAGCAGUUAGAGGAUCGACACCUCCAGUUUAUGAUAGAGAAGGACAGUCUUAUUCAAGAAUCUGCUACUGAGAACAAUGGCUUGAAGGAGGAGCUUCGUGCCCUUCUGGCCCAACGCGAUGACCUCCAUGCUGAAAAUGCAAAGUUGGAUGCGCAACUCCAUGGCUACCGAGACGAGUUAAAUCAGGUUCUCUCUAUGAAGGACUUCCAGCAUAAAAAGCUGCUUUCGGUUCAGCUUGAACGUAUAAGUGCCUUAGAAAAAGAGAGAGAAGAGUUGAAGGCCAAGAUAGAGGUUCUGGAAAAAGAAGCUUUGGUAAAAAGAGGACCUGCAGUGGAGCAUGAGAUAUUAAGACAGUCUGGAAAGGUUGAAGCAGUGGUCCAUGAUGCUCCUGGUGCAGAGCUAGAGAAGGUAAGGGAGCAGCUUCAGGCAGCUAGGAAAAAGAUCGGCUCCCUGGAGCAAACUCUAGCGUCCGAAAGGGAGGCGUACGCAUCCCACAAUAAGGAGUUGAAAGAGCUGCGCUGGGAGGGCGGCAUAUUGCGGACAGAGACCGAGACGGCUGAAGAGAGGGUGGCUGAAUUGGCCAGAGACUUAUUGGAAAUGGAGCAGAAGCUUCUAGCAGAAAAAGAGGCAGCAACUCAGCUCCGAGCUCAGAACAAGGCUUUCGGUCAAGCCAUGGCCUCUCUGCAGGAUGCACAUGACGCAGCCGUCAGUGAAGUGAAGGAACUACGCCUACGUACGGAAGACCGUCACCGACCAGGACAUUCAUCAACACCACCUAGUGGCUCUACUGGUGAAGUGUGGAGUCUGAAGAAUGCGCUUUCUGCGCUCCAAAAUGACCGGGAAAGAAUGCUCGAACAGCUGCAGACACAACGCAGUGAGCUGGACAGGCUCGGAUCCGGGGAGCUCGCCAGACUUACCAAGCUCCUGGAGGAGGAAAGGAAGAAGAUAGGAGAGACCGCGAGGUUGACCGUGCUGCUUCAGGAGAGAGAUGCACAGCUGGAGCGAGAGCGGCAGGAACUAGAGAUGCUCAGGCUGGAGCGAAGUGACUUCCAAGCUCAAGCAGAGUCUCUGAGGAAGCAAACUCUGGCAGCUCUUUCUGAGCGUGACCAGCAGAUCCGCCAGCUCGGGGCCAUGCUGGAGCAGGCGCAACCCUCAGAACCCAAACUACUGCAGGUUCAGGCACACAGACAGGGAAGACUUGCAGAAGACAGCGCCCCCGGAGGCCCCCUGGGGCAUAGCAAGGACUACAAGGCAGAGUGUGUUCUUCUCCAGAAGAGGUUGGAUGAGGAGAUGGAGAUAAGGCUCAGUGUACAGGAGCAGCUCUCGGCAUCACAGGAUCGCCUCAAACGAUUCACCCAGGAUGAGUGGCACUCUGGAGCGCAGGAUGUUCACUCUGACACUGCCGUGCUGAUAGAGCCAGCAGAUGGCGCUGUUACUCGGAGUCGGAGUGGAGGUCCGGGGCUAAUGAGAGUGCUGCGAGGAGCUUUCUGUUCCCGUCAGAGAACACCGCUGUUGGUGUCUCUGUACCUACUGACCAUCCACACUGUGCUGCUGCUCUGUCUGGGGGGAUACCUCUGAGAGAGGGAGGGAGGGGGAGAGAGAGAGAUAUGGAGAUGCUUUACACUUUCUUUUACCUAUAAAAUAGGAUAAAGGGAACUGAGCUACAAACAGGGCAAAUUAUUAUUAUUAUUUUCCUCUUUUUUUCUUUUUUUUUGAAGGAAUUUCUUUUGCUAAUUUGCCAAAGUCUUCCUUGUGGAGUGUCAUCAAUGUGGUUAAAUCUCCCACUGCCAAAGUCAACACUAUGUCACAGGGGGCCAUGAAGAACAUGUCAUUAUAUAGAAGGAGUGUAAACUUAUCACCACAUUCCAGCUGACUAACGCUAUUUUAUUAAAUAUCUGCAUUCAGCAGCACAGGAAAGUUACUGUAAUGUAAUCUCAGUGCCAGAGAUCAGAAUUCUGUGAAUUUUAGUAAUGAUUUCAGCGUCGAGUCACAAAUAUGAACGAGAACUUCAUCGCAGCGGUUAAGAUCUGCAGAUCUUCCGAAGCAGGUGAAAAGAGGACGUUAUGGGACGUAUUCCAGACACUCGGUAAUUACAAGAUGAUGAUUUUACAGGUUCUACAGUUAGUCUCCAUGGAGACAAGAACUGAAAUUGUUUUUCUCUUUCGUUUCCGUAACUGUACGAUUGUUCUCUGAGCUUUUAGAACAAUGUUAAAUCAAAUUAAAGCAGCAGUAAGUGACUUUUAAAGUUUUAAGGUCUUUUUCAAAAACAGCAUCAUUACCAAAACAUCAUUUGGUAUAAAUCUGGCUGCUUCGUCUGUGUUCACGAUAUAUUUAGCGUUAUCUGUUGUCAUGGUAAUAGUGGUGUUUUCUGUCAAUUUUCACAUAUCGCAACUUUAACAUAAUAUUCAGAACAAAGUACAGCUCUUAGUAGUUGUUAUUAGUUACUAUAUUUAAUCAAAAGGUGAAGGAAGAAAAAUUGUUUUGUGAGAUAAGGUAAAGUGAGGUCAACCUCAACAAUGGCCAGCAGGGGGUGUGAGAGUACCGCGAUACGCCAUGAGAAUAUCGCGAUACAUAUUGUGGGAGGUGUAUCGUGAUUUUUUUUUUCUGUUCUUUUUUUGUGUUUUUAGUACCGUUCCACCCCUACUUCUAAGUUAAACAGUUCUCUUACUGACCCCACUUAAACAAAAUAUCUGUUUAGAGGAGCAACCCAUCAGGGGUGUCUACCUGUCAGUCAUGCUGUUUGUCAACGUAGAAAGCUCCGCCCACACACGUUCUGUAGAAUAUACACGUGUAAAAUUAAACAGGUCUAAAAAAAAAAAAAGUCUUAAACCACAGCUUCCACAGUGAUAAAGGCAGGUAAAGAUGCUGCUGUGUUCUGAUUGGUCAGAUGGUUGUGGUCCAGAUGUUUUAUUAAAGCUACAUCAAUGAGCGAUAAAAAAAAUGACUCACUGCUGCUUUAAUUUGAUUCGACAAGAUACAAACACCUCACAUUACCUGUUAAUUUACAAAGUAGCUGUCGAGUAACCGUUUUUAAGCUUUAGCUAAUUUCUAGCUAUCGUAACAUCAUUUUGUCCUCAUGUGUUGCCAUAGAAACAACCGAUUCUGUUAUUGGGGGUGAGACUCUAUGAAUCACCGAUUGCUUUCUCUUGUCAUUACUGUGAUGUUAAAAGCAUAACAUUCAUUCCUUCAUAUUUUAGUUUUUAAUGUAGAUGACCUCUUUGCCUUUCCUGACUUCACUGUUGCCGUAGCAACACCCACAGAUAACUGCAGCUCGUUGCAGGCGGUGCACAUUCCACAAUCAGGGUAUUAAUCUGGGCUUUUAAAUCAGAGUAUGUAUGAAAACACUAAUUACAUUACAGGGUUCUUGUGUCUUUGCCACUCGUCCUGUGAGUUCCUGGGCAUUUUAAAGACUUUUAUUGUGUUGGGAUGGUGGGCGUGGUCCUGAUGUUAGCGCUUUGUUUACCAGGUGAUUUUAAGCACAGCCCUCACUGGGCUUCCUGUUUCCUGUAUAAUAAACUGUAAAUGAUCCGUUUCCUCCUGUGUUUCUGCCUAGGGGUUUUUUUGUUUUUUUUUCGAAAUAAAGCUUAUUUAUAUUAAGGGA